UAUGUUUUUCACUUUUUUUAAUAAAAAAACUGCAAAAACAAAGUUAGCAACAGAAUUUGGACAACAAAAUCCCAUUCCCAAAGCAAAGAGCUCUUCAAUUUGAUUCUAAAAUUUUGUGGAGAUUUGUUUAAAAAUUAAUCGAAUAAAUGAUAGCGGCAAGGCGUGUUGAUAAGAUAUCUCGCCUGAAAGGUACUCCCGCCCCAAAGUCGAUGACUACCGUAAUCGGAGGCGGAGCCACCCCUUCUUCUUCUUCUUCUUCUUCGCUGAAAGCUCUCAACAAGGGGUCAUUGCUUUGGAGAGAAUUCUUUUACCCUAAAAAUAGGCUACUUGGUAAUAAUAAUCGUGAUCCUGGCUAUUUGUCAACUUACCAUUACAGCUCCAUUUGUAAUCAUAGACCCACAAAUAAGGUUUUAAGAAACCUUCCAGGAUAUGUGAAGAUUGUGGAGGUUGGUCCAAGGGACGGAUUGCAAAAUGAAAAGGAAAUAGUACCAACCACUGUAAAGGUCCAGUUGAUAAAAAUGCUAGUUUCUUCAGGAUUGACUGUCGUCGAGGCAACAAGUUUUGUCUCGCCAAAAUGGGUUCCACAGCUGGCAGAUGCAAAGGAUGUAAUGGAUGCAAUCCAGAAUAUUCAAGGAGGAAGAUUUCCAGUGUUAACGCCCAACCUUAAAGGUUUUGAAGCUGCUGUUGCAGCUGGAGCCAAGGAAGUGGCCAUCUUUGCCUCAGCUUCUGAGUCUUUUUCUAAGUCAAACAUAAAUUGUAGCAUCAAAGAUAGUCUUGCUCGUUAUAGAGAUGUUGCUUCUGCUGCCAGAGAGCUCUCACUUCCAGUUCGAGGAUAUAUAUCCUGUGUUGUUGGUUGUCCGGUGGAAGGAACGGUGCCUCCAUCAAAAGUGGCAUAUGUGGCUAAACAGCUCUUUGAUAUGGGUUGCUCUGAAAUUUCCCUUGGUGAUACAAUUGGUGUUGGUACACCUGGUACUGUCAUUCCAAUGCUUGAAAACGUUAUUCAUGUUGUCCCAAUUGAUAAGCUCGCUGUCCAUUUUCAUGACACUUAUGGGCAAGCUCUUUCAAAUAUUCUAAUAUCGCUCCAAAUGGGGAUCAGCACUGUGGAUUCAUCUGUUUCCGGUCUUGGAGGUUGUCCAUAUGCUAAAGGUGCUUCAGGAAAUGUUGCCACUGAGGAUGUUGUUUACAUGCUCAAUGGACUUGGAGUAGAGACACAUGUGGAUCUUGAAAAGCUCAUGUUGGCUGGGGAUUUUAUCUGCAAGCAUUUAGGGCGGCCAUCUAGUUCCAAGACAGCAGUUGCCUUAAGUAGUAAGAAAGCUAACUCCAAGCUUUAAGGUACAAGAGCUAGAAAACCUUAUAAUUUCAUACUGUAAAAAUUUGUAUGUAUGCUGAAAAACCAUAUUCAGUUGCAUGCUUUUCUAGUUGGAUCAAUACUUUUAAAAUAUUUUGCAAAGCACACAAAUUUAGUCCCAGUGUGAACCCUGUAGGUAAAAGUAAAGCUGUUAUGGAAUUAAGUUUCUUGCAAUUCAAGAACACACAUCUGUUUGACCUUUUAA